UCCCAACAAUUAUGAUUUCUUGGGGAAUAACAGUGUCAUUUAUGGCUUUUGUAAAAUCAUAUACAGAACUUAUGUUCACACGUGCUCUCUUGGGAGUUUUCGAAGCAGGUCUGCUUCCUGGAAUAGUUUAUUAUAUUACUAUAUGGUAUAAAAGAUAUGAACAAGGUUUUAGAAUGGGAAUAAUUAUAUCCUCAAUAUCACUUGGUGGUGCUUUUAGUGGAUUAUUCGCUUAUACAAUUGCAAGUCUUACGGAUGAAAAUUCACCUUUAAAAGCAUGGCAAUUGAUUUUUAUAAUUGAUGGUUUAGUUUCCAUUAUAGUUGCUAUUAUUGCAUAUUUUUAUAUCACUGAUUAUCCAGAAGAUGCCAAGUGGCUUACCCAAGAAGAGCGGUUAUUGGCAGUUUUAAGGCUGUCAAACAACCUGUCACCACCACUAAAGUGUAACAUAGGUGUUGCAAUGAUGAUAAGUUGUGGUAAUUGUGGAGGUAUAAUUGCCGGUCAAAUAUAUCGUUCUGUAGAUUAUCCUAAUUACGUGCUUGGUCAUAGUAUUGCAUUAAGUACCACAUUAGCAGCCGCUUGUUUGAGCGCAAUCCAGUAUGUAAUGUUAGGCCGACUUAAUGAGUUGAAAAAAAGGGAAAAAAUUAGCAAAACUUCUGAUCUUAAGAGUAUUGAAGAAGAUGAAAAGGAAUUAGGUGAUAGACAUUAUAACUUUGAAUAUACUUU